UGGCCACCAUUUUCAGCCUCACACAGUUGGUCUCACAGAGCCCAGCACUGGGUCACCAGCAUCAUCUUGACGUCUGACAGGCUCCCAUUGUUGGAAACAAUGGUUUUGGAUGAUCUCCCUAACUUAAAAGAUACAUGUGCCUCCUUGUACUCCUCAGCUAUGGAAGACUUAGAGGUGGAUUUUGAUUCAGGGCUGGAGGAAGAUGAACUGAAACAGGAGGCUGCUCCUGGGGAUUCCACGAUCUUUGUAGCUUUUAAAGGAAAUAUAAGUGACAGAGACUUUGAGCAGAARCUGGAUACCAUACUGGAGAAUGUGCCUGGCCUUUUACACAUGGAAUCCAGCAAGUUAAAAGUGCAGAAGAUAGAACCUUGGAACAGUGUUCGUGUGACCUUCAACAUCCCCCGGGAAGCUGCUGAGCGGCUCCGAAUCCUGGCUCAGAACAACAACCAACAGCUCCGAGACCUGGGCAUUCUCUCAGUUCAGAUWGAAGGGGAAGGUGCUAUCAACUUGGCUUUAGCCCAGAGCAGGAGCCAGGAUGUGCGGAUCAACGGGCCCCUGGGAGCCAGCAACGCCGUGCGCAUGGACACAGGAUUCCCCAUGCAGGGGGGUCAAGGUUUCAUAAGAAUGAGCAAUGCUGCAGCUAUCAUGAUGUCCCAGAGUGGAAAUGUGCCCUCCUCUGUGGUGGCAAGUGGUGCUAGUGCUGAGCUGCAGCCACGAGCRCCUCGGCCUUCCUCACAGCCAGAUGCAAUGGACCCACUCUUAUCUGGGCUAAAUAUCCAACAGCAAAAUCAUCCAUCUGGAUCUUUAGCUCCUCAGCUCCAUUCAAUGCAGUCAGUUCCUGUAAACAGGCAGAUGAAUUCAGCCAACUUUCAGCAGCUACAGCAGCAGCAGCAGUUGCAGAAUCGGCCUCCCCAGCCACAUCAGCAGCCACAGCAGGGUAUUCGACCUUCAUUCACUUCACCAGCACAGGUUCCAAUUCCCCCUGGCUGGAACCAGCUUCCUUCUGGAGCACUUCAGCCUCCUCCAACCCAGGGAGCACUGGGUACAUUGACAGUAAACCAGGGUUGGAAAAAGGCCCCGUUGGCUGGACAAAUGCAGCAGCAGCUCCAAGCAAGACCAUCUCUAGCAACAGUACAAACUCCUACUCAUCCUCCACCUCCAUAUCCUUUUGGAAGCCAGCAGGCUUCCCAGGCUCACUCAAACUUUCCCCAAAUGAGCAAUCCCGGCCAGUUUACUGCUCCUCAAAUGAAAAGCCUUCAGGGAGGGCCCUCACGGGUUCCUACGCCACUACAGCAACCUCACCUGACCAACAAGUCUCCUGCUUCUUCUCCCUCCUCCUUCCAGCAGGGUUCUCCUGCCUCAUCUCCAACCGUUAACCAGACGCAGCAGCAGCUGGGACCAAGGCCUCCCCAGAGUAGCACGCUUCCCCAGGGAUUCCAGCAGCCUGUCAGUUCUCCUAGUCAUAAUCCUAUGGUGCAACAGGGGAAUGUACCCCCCAACUACAUGGUGAUGCAACAGCAAAACCAAGGUCCACAAGGUUUACACCCUGGUUUAGGAGGAAUGCCCAAGCGGCUCCCACUGGGGUUCCCAGCAGGCCAGGCUAACCAGAACUUCCUGCAAGGUCAGGUGCCUUCCACAGCUCCAGGAACACCAGGGAACAGCGGAGCACCGCAGCUGCAAGCCAGCCAGAACGUGCAGCACACAGGUGGUCAAGGAUCUGGACCUCCUCAAACUCAGAUGCAAACAGCACAUGGCCCACCAAAUAUGAUGCAGACCAGUCUAAUGGGACUUCAUGGAAAUAUUAACAACCAGCAGGCCGGUGCUAGUGGGGUGCCACAGGUUAACAUGGGCAACAUGCAGGGACAGCCUCAGCAAGGACCACAGUCCCAGCUUAUGGGCAUGCAUCAGCAAAUCGUAUCCUCYCAAGGACAGAUGGUGAACAUUCAGGCUCAGGGAUCGCUGAACCCUCAAAACCAGAUGAUACUUUCUAGAACUCAGCUCAUGCCACAAGGCCAAAUGAUGGUGACUCCACAAAACCAAAAUCUUGGUCCCUCUCCCCAAAGGAUGACCCCACCCAAACAGAUGAUUCCCCARCAGGGGCAGCAGAUGAUGUCCACACACAAUCAGAUGAUGGGACCUCAGGGCCAGGUCUUACUACAGCAAAACUCUAUGAUGGAACAGAUGAUGACCACUCAAAUGCAAGGAAAUAAACAGUCUUUUAAUACUCAAAACCAGUCCAAUGUUAUGACGGGGCCAGCUCAAWUGAUGAGAGGACCAACCCCAAACAUGCAAGGAAACAUGGUGCAGUUCACUGGGCAGAUGAUGGCACAGCAAGGCCCCGUGAAUGGGAAUCCUUCUCAGGUGAUGGGAAUUCAAGGGCAAGUUUUAAGACCCACUGGACCUGGUCCUCACAUCUCUCAGCAACUUGGGGAUACUGCUACCACGACAAACAAUGAUGUGAACUUGACACAGAUGUUACCUGAGGUUCCUGUCCAACAGCCAAACAUGGUGCCUUCUCACAUGCAAGGAAUGCAAGGAAACAACAAUGCUUCAGGGAGUCAUUUCUCUGGCCAUGGGCUGCCUUUCAAUACAGGGUUUAGUGGAACUCCCAAUGGGAAUCAGGUUUCCUGUGGGCAGAAUCCUGUGUUUCCUGUCAAUAAAGAUGUGACGCUCACAAGUCCGCUCUUGGUUAACCUUCUGCAGAGUGAUAUCUCAGCAGGGCACUUUGGUGUGAACAACAAACAGAAUAACCAGAAUGCCAACAAGCCAAAGAAGAAGAAGCCUCCAAGGAAGAAGAAAAAUAAUCAACAGCUAGAACAAACAAUUUCUUCAGAAUCGCGUCCAGCUGGCCUGGAGGAGAGUGAUCAGUCAUCGAUGUCUGGAGACCAAGGAAUGAAUUUAGAUAAAUCAGGUCCUAAACUCUCAGAUUUUGCAAGUAGACCACCAGGUUAUCCAUCUCAGCCAGUGGAGCAAAGGCCACUUCAGCAGAUGCCACCUCAGCUCAUGCCACACACGCAGCAGCCCCAGCCCCAGCAGCAGCAGCAGCCACAGGCAGCCCCACAGCAAGGCCAGGCACCCCCACACACACCACAGCAGCAGCAGAUGAUGAUGAUGCUGAUGAUGCAGCAGGAUCCCAAGUCAGCCAGGCUGCCUGUGCCCCAGGGGGUUCACCCCCCSAGGGGGCCACUGAACCCAGAAGCUCAGCGGAUGCCGAUGCAGCAGAGCGGGAACAUGCCUGUGAUGGUGAAUCUCCAGGGGCCUGGGCCCGUGCCUCCAUCUCCAGACAAACAGAGAAUAGCCCUGCCGGGCAAUCCUCCUCUGGGAAAUAAUGCUAGGAAAAUGGUUUAUCCAGAUAACGCGCAGAAUCCUUCCAGYUCACCCCUCAGAGAGGUGUCAUCAGUGUCCUCUCUGCCAGAAGGAGGCGGAGCUGAGGGCCCUCCAACAUCAGGAGCUCAGAAUAAUUUGACAUCUCAUUUAGUAGUUUCACAGAACCAGUUAAUGAUGACAGGACCCAAGCCUGGACCAUCCCCACUUUCAGCUACCCAAGGUGCAAGUCCCCAGCAGCAGUCUAGUUCUCUACCUAGUGCUCUUACACACCAUUUUCCAAAUGUUGCUGCCCCAUCGCAAACUUCAAGGCCGAAAACUCCAAACAGAGCAAGCCCAAGGCCAUAUUACCCUCAGACUCCUAAUAACCGUCCACCCAGCACAGAACCCUCAGAAAUUAGCCUGUCUCCAGAGAGRCUCAACGCUUCUAUAGCUGGUCUGUUCCCUCCUCAGAUCAAUAUUCCUUUACCUCCCAGGCCUAAUCUCAACAGAGGAUUUGAUCAGCAGGGUCUGAAUCCCACUACUUUAAAGGCCAUUGGACAAGCCCCAUCAAAUCUCACCAUUAACAAUCAGUCCAGUUUUACUGCCUCACAGUCACACAAAUUAGAAGGAGUGGUCAUUAAUUCGGGCAAACAAAUCAAUGCUGGAGCAACAAAGAGAGCAAGUCCAAGCAAUAGUCGAAGGUCCAGUCCUGGAUCCAGUAGGAAAACUACGCCAAGCCCUGGAAGACAGAAUUCAAAAGCAGCUAAAUUAUCAUUGACAACUCAGCAGAAUCCACCUCUCUUGCAGAACAUGGAAUUACAAAGAAAUAUGAUAGCUGGUCCCUCUUCUUUGCCAACACCCGUGACUACAAGUUUUCAGAAUAAUUCCAUGCUGAGUAACCAGAAUCCUACAGUUUCUGUACCUGCUGUGACUGGCAUUCCUGAAGACAACAAGGAGAGCCUUAGUGUGCCUCAAGAUACUGAAAGUCAAAGUGCACAAGGUGUCCAAGGUAACAAAGACCAGCCCAGUAUUGAACUGAAAGGCAUCCCUACUCCAGAAAUGAAAGUGCUGGUUCCUGAAGAGCAGGUGAAAAAAGAUGGGCAAGCCUUAGACAGCAGUAAGCUCCCAGUUGUGGAGGAAARUAAAACCAUGGUAUCUCCAGCUAUGAGGGAGGCACCAACUUCUCUAAGUCAACUUCUUGACAAUUCUGGAGCUCCUAAUGUGACCAUCAAGCCCCCUGGGCUGACUGGUGUUGAAAUGGCACCGAUAGUCCCCACUAGUGAGGAGCCRAAGAAAAUAGCUGUCAUUCCUCCAGUGCAGGAUUCAUCCUUGAGCAAGGAGCCAUCUAAUUCACUUGGCCUGCCUCAAAAUAAUGAGCCCUGUCCAAAUACAGGGCACCAGGAACUGGGAGAAAUAAACUCAAGCAUGGCACAGAGUGUUCCUCCAGUAAUGCAAAGGCCUGUUAGCUCUUCUAUUUCAGGUCCCUUACCCCCCAAUCAGAUAACAGUUUUUGUGACCUCCAACCCUAUUACAUCUGCAGCUAACACAUCAGCUCCGUUGCCAUCCCACUUGCAAUCUGCAUUAGUGUCCACUGUUGUCACCAUGCCCAAUGUGGGGAGCAAAGUGAUGGUUUCAGAGGGACAGUCCGCGGUUCAGUCCAAUGCCCGGCCACAGUUCAUCACACCCGUGUUCAUAAACUCAUCCUCAAUUAUCCAGGUGAUGAAGGGCUCUCAGUCCAGCACAAUUCCAGCAGCCCCCAUGACUUCUAACUCAAGCCUGCUGCCUCAGUCGGUUGCCGUUGUUGGUCCUUUGCAUAUCCCACAGAAUAUCAAGUUCUCCUCUGGGCCUGCUCCUCCCAGCACCUCAUCCAGCAGUCCUGUGUCCACARUUCCCACCAGCAGAUCACUUGUUCUGAAUCCCUUGACAUCUCCUGUCCAACUGCCUUCUUCUGCACCAGCUCCUUCCAGCGCUGCCUCACACCUUCCUGCUCAGCAAGCCAAGGACUUCAGCCCUGAGGAGGCUUCCCAAGGUGCUGGCUCGGGUGAACAGUGCCCUGUCCCAGCGACCCAGUCGGGACCUGUUGUUUCCCCUCUGCUUUCGAGCAGCCCGGGAUCUGGGAAUAGACGCAGUCCUGUUUCAUCCAGCAAGGGAAAGGGAAAAGUAGACAAAAUUGGCCAACUGCUGCUGACUAAAGCAUGCAAGAAAGUCACUGGCUCCCUGGASAAAGGGGAAGAGCAGUAUGCUUUGGAUGGAGAAGCAGAAAGUCAGGCGCUAGAAACGUCGGUCCCAAAUAGUUUGGGAACAGAACAAGCACCAGCAGAGCUCGAUAACAAAAGCGGGACGCCUCCAGCACCCAGUCUUACGAAACAGAGCACUUCUGGGCCCGGCAGCUCGAGCCUCAGCCCCGCGGCGGCCGUUCCCUCCUGCGCCUCCCCGGGCGCGCCCCCGAGCACUCCCGCUCCCGGAGCUCCCUCGGCCGCAACCCCCCCGGCCGGAGGCCUCCCGGCCGCAGCGGCCCUGGCCGGAGAUCCCCCGGCCGCAGGUCCCCCGGCCGGAGCUCCCCCGGACCCCCCGGUCCCCAGCGCCAACGGCGGCACUGCCGGCGGGGCCACGGAGCCGAGCGGCRGCGGCGGGGCCGAGGAGAAGCCCGCAGCACCCCCGGAGGGGCUGCAGAGCGCAGCAUCCUCUCAACACUUAACACAGAAAAAAAGUUCAGUUGCAACAUCAGAAAGUACUGUUCAAAGAACAGAGCUUGAGACAAAUGCUGCAGUAGUUGCUGGUCAAAGUAAUGAGACAAAAGAGAAUUGUGAAAAGUCUAAAACUCCAAGUAGAAGAAAUUCAAGAACAGAGGAUUCUGCCGCUUCACAGGAAAGUGUAGAGAACGGGCAGCGCAAGAGAUCCUCGCGACCCGCCUCUGCGUCUGGCACAGCAAAAGGGUCAGAAAAAUGCUGAUGGACCAAAGUUAUGCAAGAGAGUAGAGAGAGACCGUCAAGAGGCAACAUUCGACCAUAUUUUAAAGAUAAUAUACAGAACAAAGAGGUAUUAAUAUAAAAUUAUUAUAAAAGGAAGUCAAGUUGAAUUCAGCCACCAUUUCCAUACUGGAAGUACUAAAGUGUGAUGGUAAGAAUAUUGUGUUUUCAGAGUUUCAGAGAAGCAUUCCAGCUUUUUAUCAUUGUGCAAUGACUCCCAAAGAUUAYGCAGGAAACCUAUAUGUUCUGCACUUUUGUGACUGCUGAAUUUAAUUACAUUUACUUCUUGUGGCAGGACUGUGCAGAAGAAUCUGAGUCUGUAUUGUAAAAAUAAAUUCUCUUUCAUGAUUGUGAAGAAAAGUUUGAAAAAUGUGAAGCCAGUGUAAAAUCCCUGCCUGAGUUUGAGGGGAUGUGGAGUGUGUGACCUGUCCCACAUGCUGUACUGGGUAAACCUAAUGAUGACAACCAGUGACACAUCAAAUUCUGAAAAUGUGGGAACAGGAAAGUGCAUCAAAUUUAAAUAAUACCAAAACUCUCACAGGGGUUUGUGCUGACUGUGUAAUUUGUUUAYCCGUGUAAGUAAAAUUCUUGUUUUUAAGUCGUGCAUCCAAAGCUGUCGCAGUGUCCAAGGGCUCUGCUGGACACUUGGGUGUGGCUCCCUGGGGACAGUUGGCUAAGCUGCAGGCACACAGCUGCUCCCAAGCUGUGGACAAUGAGCCAAACCAGGUACUCUGUGGCAGAGGACAGGCUGCACGUUACCGAGGUGGUUGCAGGAGUGUCACCUGGUUUGCCACCUGUGCCUACUCCGUUGUACAUUUUUGUUAGUGAAUCAGAGCUUAAUUAUUCUGGCUUGGUUGCKCCUGUCCUCAUUAAGUUACCUGUGUCCCGAGAAACCCCCUAAUCCAUUGCAAAAGGAAUGUGGGGCUGGGAGGAGUUACCUCUUAAGAGUGAGGCUGUUACAAGUCUUUAUAGAAACAGCAAUUAAGAAAAAAGAAUCAGCAGGGAGAGAGAAGUAGACUUUGACCAGUUUGACUAGGAACUCUGUUGCUAAGCCUUGGGAAGGGUCACUGUGAGAGGAGAGGAGAGGAGAGGAGAGAAGAGCACACAGGGAGGGUCAGCCCUGUCCCCGUGUGUCCAGCACAUUUCAGGUGCAGGGUUUGGGGAGGUGCUGGGGAUGCUCCCAAGGGACUGGGACAGGCCCAUUCCUCYUCCCAAACACGGAGCCUUGAGCAGCAACAGGGGUGGCAACACUGGCACUGCUGAAGCUACUGCAGUCAGCCCUGCUGCCUGAAGGGGCUCCAGGCUGGAGUCCAGCCUGUGGAGAUGUUUCACUUCUAAAAAUUGGUGUUUUCCCUUUUUGGAGUACUUUUCCAGCAAUGGCUGCUUUUAGUAUUCACUGUAGCUUCGAGUUUGUUAAAUUUUGAAAUGUGGAUUGUUUUUUCUAAUUCCACAUGUAACAGCCAUGGAGUUGUAUUGCUGCUGUUCUAAUUUUAGAUGGGCUUGGAAAUUUUUCCCCUUUUGACUCUUAAAAUACACACAGCUGCAAUAUUUUUUGGAAAACAUUGUGAAGAGCCAAAGAGACAUCACCAACAUUUAAAAUCACAUUUUUAAAAAGAUCUAAAGAUGCAAAUGCCCUUGGUCCUUACUCUUUUUUUUGUUUUGAAAUGGAAACUUUGUGCCUUGGUAAGUGCACUGGACAUGUCAUCUGCUGUCACCGUGGCUCUGCAGGUGUUACURUUUGUGUCUUUUGCAUCAGCUGUGUUCCUGUGGCUCAGUGUACCCUGCAGAGACUUGUUUUCUAAUGACUGUCUAAUAACUCAGAAAGCUGGGUUGUGCACUGGCAUGGUGGUCUCCAAACACCUCCCCAUCUCUGGCACCUGGGGCUGCGCUUCCUGCUGGGACACGACUCCCCCGUGGCACCUGGGGGCCUGCACUUAGGGCACAGUUACAAACAUUGGUUCUUCUUUGAAAGGCUGUCCUGUUAGGGCUUCCUAAAUGUCCGGAGAGUGGCUCGGGGUCCCUGGCUGUGCCACGGCUGUCAGGGUGACAGGCCAGCACUGGGACAGCUGCUGAAGAGCCAGUCCUGGUGCUGGGGAAAUCCUGCUCUCCAGAGCUUUCCACUCUGGUGUGAGUUUGGAAAAAUGACAGGGCAAUCUGUGCCCCCUGGGGAAUGGCUUAUCGACUCCGUAUCCAUGCUUUUUUUCUUCUCUUGAUUUCAGAAACGAGUGCCAGUGCAAUGCAGUCAAAAAGAAGAAAAUCCAAGUAAAUUACUGCAUGGAAACAUGAGACUUGUAAAUGAGUGUGAAUUUUCCAAUAGCAAUUUUGAGCUGUGAUUUUUCUUUUUUAAAUAAAAUUCUGUACAGUAAGUCAUUUUAA